UUGGUUUGGGCGGCAGGAAGGAGAGCCGCCGCCAUCUUGUUUGUUUGAGUGACUCGGAGAGGGGGGUGGGGGGAGAACCAGGGACAGGGGAGCGGCGGUCCCCCCCCAGCGCCCGCCCGAGCUGACGGAGCCCGCCCUGGGACUCGAGGUUUUCCAUAGACAGUUGGCACAAUGUUCUACGCUCACUUUGUCCUGAGCAAGCGAGGGCCGCUAGCCAAAAUCUGGCUGGCGGCCCAUUGGGAUAAGAAGCUAACCAAAGCCCAUGUGUUUGAGUGCAAUUUGGAAAGCAGUGUGGAGAGCAUCAUCUCACCAAAGGUCAAGAUGGCUCUUCGAACUUCAGGACACCUUUUGCUGGGCGUUGUUAGAAUCUACCACAGGAAAGCCAAAUACCUCCUUGCAGAUUGUAAUGAGGCAUUCAUUAAGAUCAAGAUGGCUUUCCGUCCAGGUGUGGUUGAUUUGCCUGAGGAAAACAGGGAAGCUGCCUACAAUGCUAUCACCUUACCUGAAGAGUUUCAUGAUUUUGACCAGCCUUUACCAGACUUAGACGAUAUUGAUGUGGCACAGCAAUUCAGUUUGAACCAAAGCAGAGUGGAAGAAAUUACCAUGCGAGAAGAAGUGGGCAACAUUAGUAUCCUUCAGGACAAUGACUUUGGAGACUUUGGAAUGGAUGACCGUGAAAUGAUGAGAGAAGACAGUGCAUUUCCUGAUGACAUGCUGGAUAGCACUAGUGCUUCCAACCUUCUCCUGGAGCCUGAACAGAGCACCAGUCAUCUUAAUGAGAAAUCUAAUCACUUGGAGUAUGAAGACCAGUACAAGGACGACAAUUUUGGAGAUGGGAAUGACGGUGGAAUCCUGGAUGACAAGCUUCUCAGCAACAACGAAGGAGGUAUAUUUGAUGACCCACCUGCCCUCUCGGAAGGAGGGGUAAUGAUGCCUGAGCAGCCUCCCCACGACGAUUUGGAUGAUGAUGACAACGUCUCAAGUGAGUGCUUAGCUUUUGCGUAUUAA